AUGGCAAAAGACGUUUUCAGCAUUCCCAUUUUCUUCAUUGUCUUCCGCGAGGCCCUCGAAGCAGUAAUUGUUAUCGCAGUUCUUCUUUCCCUCGUCGAAUCCAUCGUCGCAAGGCGUACCCCGUCCAUGACGGCACCUUCGACAGUCGACGAAAAGGCCGAGCCCAAAGUCGACGGCGAACAAAGCAGCAGCGACGAAAAAAGCGAUGAGAUUGACGAAGAGACUGGUUUGGAUCGUCAAUCCCUUGUCCGAAAACUCCGCUUGCAGAUCUUCCUCGGAGCCGGGGCCGGUCUUUUGAUUUCUCUAAUAAUCGGUGCUGCCUUUAUCGCGGUGUGGUUCACCCAAGUGCGAGAUCUGUUUGGAGCCAACGAAGAAGUUUGGGAGGGCGUGUUUAAUCUUGUUGCUUCAAUCUUAAUCUUCGUCAUGGGUCUCACCAUGCUUCGUAUGGAUACUGCAAGGGAACGCUGGAGGAUCAAAUUAGAACGUGCCUUUGCUGUCAAGACCGCCAAGGCUGACAAGGAGGGCAAAAGCGUGAAAUGGCUCCUCUUCACUCUCCCAUUCAUCACCGUCCUUCGAGAGGGCCUAGAGGCCGUGGUGUUUAUCGGUGGUGUCUCCCUUGGCCAAGCUGCGACGGCCAUCCCUCUAGCGGCGAUUGUCGGUCUUAUCGUUGGCUUGACAAUUGGAUUCAUCAUCUACAAGACUUCCUCUCGCGUCGGUCUGUCCAUCUUCCUCAUCGCUUCGACCUGGUUGCUGCUCCUGAUCGGAGCUGGCCUCUUCAGUAAGGCAGUCGGAAACUUCCAGCAGGACAAGUUCAACAAACUGCAAGUUCUGAACAUUGUUGGUGGCGACGUCGCAGAAGCUGGAACUGGGCCUGGGUCCUACUCGACCGAUGGAAACAUCUGGCACCUGAACUGCUGCAGUCCAGAAGACAAGCUCAGUGGCCAUGGAUGGGGCGUAUUCGCUGGUCUGUUUGGUUGGAGCAACGAUGGCAGUGUCGGCACUGUCCUCGCGUACAUCUUCUAUUGGUGGACUGCUAUCGCAGCUCUCGUCUUCAUGAAGUAUCGCGAGGGCCGUCUUGGAAAGAAGAAGGGGGCGGCGUAA